CAAAGGAACGAAAUCUGUGACGAAAUCGCAUUUUUCACAACAAGGAAGAAGGAUAUGUCUUUGAAACCAAGGAAAGUUGAUUUUGAUGCCACCUGGGCAACUCUUCUGGAAACAGUAAAGGGCGUUGUUACAUGUGCCAAGGUUGGCCGUGCCACAUGGAAUGACAGAUUUUCAGAUGUUUAUGCCCUAUGUGUUGCCUGUCCUGAUCCACUGAGUGAUAAACUGUACACAGAGACCAAAAAGUUCCUAGAAAACCAUGUCUCAGAGCUGUAUAAGAAAGUACAAGAAAAUGGUGAGGAAAACUGUCUGGCAACUUACCAUAAACAUUGGGAGGAAUAUAGCCAAGGAUCAGGGUAUCUAAACCAGCUGUAUGGAUACUUAAAUACAACUUACAUAAAGAAGCAGAAAUACACAGAUGCUGACCUGAGUUAUGGUGGAAUCAGCACAGACACAGCAGACCAGCUGCUGGAAAUAGGGGAGCUUGCUUUAGACACAUGGAAAAGACUGAUGAUAGAACCACAUAAGGAAACCCUCAUCAAGCUGAUUCUAAAUGAAGUCAACAGGGACAGGAUGGGGGAGAUGGUCAAUCAGACUGUGGUGCAUGGCGUCAUCAACUCUUUUGUCAACGUCCAAGAAUAUAAGAGGAAGCACCCUCUGCUGUUGUAUGAGGAGUUGCUGGAGAAUCCAUACAAAAUGGAGACUGGGGCUCAUUAUAGACAGGAGGCAGCCAAGCUUAAAGAUGAAUACACCUGCUCAGAAUACAUGGAAAAGGUAAUUACUCGUUUGGACAAUGAAGACUUCAGAAGUCGGAAAUUCCUACAUCCGAGUUCUUACAACAAAAUAACACACGAAUGUCAGCAGAGGAUGGUAGCUGAUCAUCUUCAAUUUCUCCAUGGAGAAUGUAAAGACAUGGUCAAACAGGAGAGGAGGAAAGACCUUUCCAACAUGUAUAAACUCCUGAAGCCAAUCCAUGGAGGCCUUGGUGUGCUGGUGCAAGAAGUAGAAGGACAUAUCAAACAAACUGGAAUGGAGGCUGUCAAAAAUCUUAAAGGAGAGAAUGUGCCGGGACAGUUUGUGGAGUCUAUGUUAGAGGUUCACCAGAAGUACACAGAAAUGAUUCAGGGUGUAUUCCACUCUGAUCAGCUGUUUGUUGGUGCCCUGGACAAGGCUUGUGCUGCAGCAAUCAACUUUAAACAAAGUGCUAAACAUGUUUGUAAAUCCCCAGAAAUGCUUUCAAAAUACUGUGAUAAUUUAUUAAAGAAAAGUUCGAAAGGAAUUUCAGAAUCUGAAAUGGACGACAAAUUAACAAACUGUAUCACUGUCUUCAAGUAUCUAGAUGAUAAAGAUGUGUUCCAAAGGUUUUAUUCUCGGAUGUUGGCCAAAAGAUUAAUAUACGGACAGUCAGCUUCAAUGGACGCAGAAGAAGCCAUGAUAAAUAAACUCAAGCAAGCUUGUGGAUAUGAAUUUACAAACAAAUUACAUCGGAUGUUCACGGAUGUUUCCAUCAGCACAACAUUAAAUAAAGAGUUUUCGGAUUUUAUUCAAUCCAAAGAAAAUGUAGAACUGGGAGUUAAUUUCUCUAUAAUGGUUUUACAGGCAGGUGCAUGGCCUAUAGGUCAAAGUAAUCUCCCCACAUUUUCAAUUCCACAAGAACUUGAAAAAAGUGUGCAGAUGUUUGAGGCUUUCUAUAAUGUCAAAUAUAGUGGGAGAAAAUUGACAUGGCUUCAUAAUUUCUGCACGGCUGAGCUAAAGUUUAAUCAUUUGAAGAGGCCUUACUUUGUGACAAUGGGCAAUUUCCACAUGGCCAUUUUGUUGUUAUUCAAUAGUGGUGAUACACUGACUUUUAAUGAAAUAAAGAAAAAUACUGACUUACCAGAGAAGGAACUUGUCAAACAGCUUCAGACCUUAUUAGACACAAAAAUUGUCUCAACUGAAGGAGAUGUAACCACUUGUAGCUGUAUUUCGCUCAAUAUGGGAUAUACAAACAAAAGGACAAAAUUCAAAAUUACAGCCGCAAUUCAGAAAGAUUCAUCACAGGAAGUAGAGCAGACCCACAAUGCAGUAGAGGAAGACAGAAAAAUGUACUUGCAAGCAGCCAUUGUCCGUAUAAUGAAAGCUCGUAAAAUUCUCAAACAUGCCAUGCUCAUACAGGAGGUGAUAAGCCAAUCCCGAGCAAGAUUCGCUCCUAGUGUACCAAUGAUCAAAAAGUGCAUUGAAUCGUUGAUUGACAAAUCUUAUUUAGAAAGGACAGCCAAUUCUUCCGAUGAAUACAGCUAUAUAGCAUAGCACUUUAUAUAGUAUUCAUAUUCAGGACAGUGUAAAACAGGCAUCAACUCUGGGUAAAAAGAUGAAAAUUCAGAUAAUGAAUCAAAUAUGUACUUCUGUAUGCUUCUGUACAAGAUUUGUUGGUAAAGUGCUUUGAAUUAUAUUACAUUCAUUUUUUAUUACAUUCAUUUGGUGAUUUGUCCUUUUUUGUGGGACGUUUUAUAUUUACUGCCAUAAUAAGGUGUUUUUCGGUACAUAUUACCACCGUUUGAAAGCUGCAUCUUCAAAAUUUCUUUGUUUGCUCAUUACAAAUAAAAUAAUACCUACAUUUACAGUCAAACCUCGCUAUCUCAAACUCAAUAGGGAGUUAGGAAAAAAAAACUUCCAAGGAUUUUGAGAUAUUGAGGUUAAAAUACAGUAGGGAAAAAGUGGUUGGUACCUCCACUGGCUUCCUUAAUUCUUCUUGUAUACUUUAGUAUUCAAGAUAACAAUGUUCAAGAUAUCAAAGAUCAACCCAUAGAAAUCAAAAGUGGAAUCUAGCAAUUGAAAUUUAAAUUUUCAAAGAGUUUAUUAUUAUAACUAUAUAAUUAUUAAUUACAUAGCGUAAGCAAUAAGUGACAAACUAAACUACAAAAAGAUAAAUAAACAGAGUCAGUUUGAUUGUUUUUAAUUAAUAAAUCUUUUUGUUUCCUCUUUUGCAUUGAACAAUUUUGAUAAUUGAUAUUAAGUUUUACAUUCAUCAUGUUCAAUGUGUGAUGUUGCAUUCAAGUUGUAUGAACUUGAAUUAAGAACAUCAUAAUAUCCAUAAUAAAAAUAUAAUAAAAACAUAAAUGUUUUUGUGUAGGGGGAAGGAGGAUAGUAUUAAAAUGCUUUUUAUUUUGAUUUGGAUAUUUUCAGUGCAGAUUUUGUUUCAUGUCUUUUGAAACUUAAACUUAAACUUUUGGUGACAUUAGGAAAGGAAAUUAGUACUAGUAUAUUAAAUAAUUCAGCAUCCCGUUAUUAUACAUUUAAUUAUGUGUAUUACUAUAUGAAGUUUGUCCUUUUCUGGUCAUUGCAGAGUUACAUUCAUAUAUUUUUCGUUAAAAUUUGAAGCAUGAACUAACAUUGCUGUCUUUUCUGCAACAAAAGCAUUGUGGAAUGUAUAAAUAAAAUGAUUGAGAGGAAGAAAAUCGA